AUGACUAGAUAUCAUACGCGAGUAGAACUACCAACAGCUAGCUUCCCCUACAAAAUACCCAAGAGGCUGAAUGCUCUAAGCAUCCCACGAAGAGAUUUCGUUGAAUCUAUGGAUGGACCUGGCUACACCCAAUCUGGGAUCAGAAAAUCCGCUUUGAAUGGACAACCUUCCGAUAGAAUCAAUGAUAUCGCAUGGCCAUGGAUUAGGCGCUUGAUGAUAGUCAAAAAUAUGUACAGGAAAAGAUUCAGUCAAGAACGUCUCGAAAAACUCGAGCGCAUGAUUGAGGCUAGUAAUGCAACCAUUUACUCGAAGCUAGCUAACUGCGUGGUUGACCUCAAGAAACAGGACACUAAAGAAUCAAAGAAGAAAAAGUUAUGGUCCGAGGGCGAGAGGAAGAAACACUUGGAUUACAUUACAAUGGUUGCUGCACCUAAAAAGACGUUUCUUCCACCCCCUGUUAAGCGUGGUAAGUCCAUGCCGCUAGAAGCUCUGUUGCCAAGGAUCAAGGCGAUAUCGUCCCCACCUGAGUUCAAGUGUUAUAGGAGAGAAUCGAAGGAAGUCUGGUACAAAGAUCCAAUUAAGAUUCCGAGGCGACUCCAACUUCUUAGCCAACCGAGGAGAUAUUUUGUUGAAUGCUACGAAGGAUCAAUGCCGCAGUACACGAGGGCGGGCAUCAGGCAAUCUGCUUUAACUGGGCGACUUACUGACAAAAGCACCGAUAUUGCUUGGCCAUCUACUAGACGUUUAUUACUACUGAAAAGGAUGUACAAAAAUAGAUUCAGUCCAGAUCGACUGGAGCGUAUAGACAGAAUGAUAGAAGCAUCUAAUGCCACGGUAUACGCGAAGCUGGCUAAUUGUACGGUAGACCUUAAGAAAAUGGAUGCUAGAGAUUUGAAAAAGAAGAAAGGCUGGACCGAUACAGAAUGGAAGAGGAAAAUGGAAUACAUUUCACAAAUUGCUGAACCUAAAAAGGUGUUUGAGCCGCCACCGAUUAAGCGAGGUAAGAGUAUGCCAUUGGAGGCUCUGAUGCCAAGAAUCGAGGAAAUCAGCUUACUGCCCCGCUUUAAAUGUUACAAGAGGAUGUCGCAGGAAGCGUGGUAUAGGAAUCCAAUGAAGGUGGCACCCAAUGCACUAAAAUAUGUGAUAACGGACAGAACUAAAAAGCUAGCCGUUGCGAGAGUUAUACCAAAGGACGAUGAAUAACACAAAACGAACGUCAAACAACGGAUAACGA